AUGGCUCGGGAUGUGGGGCUUGCUCUGGAGGGGAAGGGGAUUAUGGAGAAGGGAGCUGUUGAGCUGGGAGAUACAGCCCUGGAUAUGGGACUGGAGAAUGCAGCUCUGAAGGAGGGUGGUCUUCUCGCAGAUGCGUAUAAAGGAGGAGCUCACGGUUGUCAGAGCAGAGGGGCACUUUUGGAGUUGCAUGCUCUGCUGUCCUCCGGCAUCUUCUCCUCCAUCACGCCUGCCAGCAUGAGCCAGCAGCUCUCAGCUGGAAGGUCUCUUCACCGAAAAAAGUUCUUCUCAUCGUCUUCUGCUGCAAGUGGUAUGAGCCGCUGCCGAAGCAGCGCCUUCCCCUCUGCUCCACUAUUUGGAAGAGGCUAUGGAGCCUGGAGCCAGAGCAGCCGAAGCCUCCAAAACACAGAUGGGUGUAAAUGGAUUUCUUCUGGCCAAAGCCUCGCACAGGGGGUCUGUGGGAGUCACGGGUCAGGCUUCCACAGCAGGAGCUACAAAAGUGAAGGUAUUCGUGUGGUGCAUGUCAACGAGAGCCUCCUGAAGCCUCUUGAUGUGAAGAUCGACCCCAAAAUCCAGCACAUCCGAAAGCAGGAGAGAGAGCAGAUGAAGAGCCUCAAUAACCAGUUUGCCUCUUUAAUUGACAAGGUACAGCAUCUGGAGCAGCAGAACAGGGUGUUGGCCACCAAAUGGGACCUCCUCCAAAAGCAGGUCCUGCCAUCCCAGAAGAACAUCAAGCAUGUCUUUGACAACUUCACUUCCAGCCUGCAGAGGCGGCUGGACUCGUUGCUGCACGAGCGGGGGCAGAUGGAGCCUGAGCUGAUCGACACGGAGAAGCUCGUUGAAGAGUUCAGAUGCAAAUACGAGCAGGAAGUGAACAGACGCACAGCUGCUGAGAACGAGUUUGUGUUACUGAAGAAGGACGCGGACUGUGUCUAUCUGGCCAAGGCAGAGCUGGAAGCAAAGGUGGAAACCCUCAAGCAGGAGAUAGAGUUCCUGAAAUGUGUUUCUGCUCAGGAAAUCGCUGAGCUGGAGAGAAGUCCCUGUGACACCUCUGUCGUUGUGAAAAUGGACAACAGCCGAGACCUGGACAUGGAGGGCAUCCUCAGGAGUGUUGAGUGCUGGUGUGAGGACAUAGCUCAGAGAAGCAAGGCAGAGCUGGAUGCGUUGUACAGAACUAGGUAUCAAGAGCUUGAGGAGGCAAAGGGGAGACAUUGCAAUGAACUGAAGUCCCACCAGCAAGAGAUUGAAGACCUGAGUUUUGUGAUCCAGAGAAGGCAGUGUGACCUUGAAAAUAUGAAGAAACAGGUGUCCUCUCUGCAAACGUCAGUUUGUGAUACUGAGCAACGUGGGGACUGUGCCCUCAAAGACGCCCGGGAGAAGCACGUUGAGCUGCAGAAUGCCCUCCAGAAGGCCAAGGAUGAGCUGGCUUGCAUGCUGCGGGAUUACCAGGAGCUGCUGAAUGUCAAGCUGGCCCUGGAUAUUGAGAUUGCAACAUACAAGACUCUGCUGGAGGGUGAAGAGAGCAGGAUACGCCUUGGGAGCCCUGUGAGAGUGUUGAUCACCACCCCUUGCAACACCUUCUCUGGCUGCGAAGCCGACCUGGGAUGUGGAUCUGGUAGACAGUCCAGAAGAUGCAGAUCCUCCUGUAGCGCAGGUGGAGCAUCGCUACCCGAAGACGCUGGUGCCUUCCACAGAGGAUUCACCUCCAGAAGUGUCGCCAGCUCCGUAGGCAGGUGGGGUGAGGAUUCCAACCGGACCUCCGUGCCUCAGGAACAUCUGGAUCUAAACUUCAGCUGUGAGAGUCAGUUCAACCGGGACAUAAGACCUGAAGUAGAAAAAUGA